AUGCGCUCGUUUGUAGCUUCUUCGCUUGUCCUGGGCCUCGCUUCUGCCGCCGUUUUGCCUCGCACUGGUCACCACUCCUCAGAGAAGCAUGGUAGCAAGCACAACCAUACGAAGCUCAAUGUCCAGGUUGGCGACCGACCCUACUUCUUGGUCAACGACAUGGACGAGGGCGCGCUGAAAGAGAAGCUCGAGAGCUGCUCAGAAGGACCUUUCAAGACAUCAGACUUCGUCUUCGCCCACCGCGGCGCAUCGCUCCAAUACCCCGAGCAUACAUAUGCAGCAUACAAUGCAGCUCGCCGCCAGGGCGCUGGUAUCAUUGAGUGCGAUGUUGCAUUCACCGCAGAUAAGCAACUAGUCUGCCGUCAUGCGCAGUGUGAUCUGCACACUACCACCAACAUCCUCAACACCACGCUUGCGAGCAAGUGCACCACCCCGUUCACCCCGGCCAACGGAACUACUCCUGCGUCAGUCAAAUGCUGCACGUCUGACCUCACGCUUGCGGAAUUCCAUACCCUCUGCGGCAAGCAAGACGGCUUCAACCCCAAUGGCACGACAGUCAAGCAAUACAUGGACGGCACGCCCUACUUCCGCACCGACCUGUACGCCUCAGGCUGCCCCAAACUCAUGACACUCAACGAAUAUAUCGACACCGUCGACUCGUGGGAUCUGAAGUUCACAGCCGAGCUGAAGACACCCGAGGUCAAGAUGCCGUUCAACGGGUACACACAGGAGCAGUACGCGCAGGACAUGAUCGAUGCCUUCAAAGCCAAGAACAUUGCGCCCGAGCGUGUCUGGCCCCAGAGCUUCUUGCCCGCGGAUAUCUUCUACUGGAUCGACAACGAGCCCAAGUUUGGCGCCCAGGCCGUCUACCUCGACGAGCGUGUCGACACGCCCGCCGGCUAUGCAAACGCCACUGCCAGCCUCCCUGCGCUGGCUGAGCGCGGUGUCAAGAUCAUGGCGCCCGCUAUGUUCGCGCUGACCAAAGUCGACAAUGCUACCGGCGAGAUUGUACCCUCUGAGUACGCUAUUGCUGCCAAGGAGAAUGAUUUGGAGCUUGUCGCGUGGAGUUUCGAGCGCUCGGGAUGGUUGCAGAUUGGUGGUGGUGGAUACUACUACGACUACGUCAAGAGCGUGGUCAACAACGACGGGGACAUGUACAAGGUGCUGGACGUGCUGGCAAGGCAGGUCAAGAUCAAAGCCAUGUUCUCCGACUGGCCUGCUACUGUCACGUACUACGCCAACUGUUUUGGCUUGUAG